AUGGCGCCUCCUCGUCGCAAAGUACUUGCAACCGCCGAAGAAACCUUGUUCCCCCCCGAUGAGUUGCUUCCAGGGCAGCAGGUCGCACGACUGAUCAAGGCCACCGGAAACAAUAUCUACUCCGUCGAAUUCGCUUCGAGAGAAACGGCCCUGGUCGAGCUACCAGCCAGGUUUCGAUCCACCUUUUGGAUGAAGCGAGGCUCCUUUGUGCUGGUGGACACCAACGCGCUCGAGGAUCGGGACAAUAAGCUUCGGGGAGAGAUCAUCAAUAUUGUUCGUGAUGAAAAAGCCUGGCGCAAAACUCCAUACUGGCCGAAAGAAUUCGUUCGCCAGCCCGUCUCGGUAUCCGACGAUGAAGAGGAAUCUAAUGUCGGCAAAAUGCCCUCAUCCGAUGAGUCUGACGCAUAA